GCUACGUAAACAACUAUGGAGGGAGAGAGGCGGCUGACCCAGGCGUUGGGAGGAUGGGCCAUCGACGUCACGCCCAGAGCCCCCAUCCGGGAACCAAGGCGGAGGCUCGCCCCUCAAAAUGGCGACAGUGACGCGGCUGCCUACGGAACUCAUCCGUCGCGCCACGGACGACGGGAAGUGAGGUUUUCAGAAGAGCCGCCAGAAGUGUACGGCGACUUCGAGCCCCGGGUGACCAAAGAAAGGUCCCCGGGGGGAAGACGAACCCCGCCAGAAAAGUUCCGGCCGAAUUCUGCGAAGGAGGAAGUGAGAGAAAGCGCUUACAACCUUCGUUCUCGACCACGGAGGCGGCGGGGACCCCAGGAAGCCGAGGAGAUGAAGACCCGAAGGUCUGCCCGGAUGGAGCAGACCUCACAGCAGCCUCAACCGCAGCUGUCGCCGGCUACGAGCAGGCGAGGGUUACGGAACUCUCAAUCCUCAGAGGACGAACCUUCUUCUUCCCAAACUGUUACAAGCCAAACAGCCUCAAGGAAAACUGUCAGAACACCAGAUGCUUCAAUGAUGAGUGAAGACCCUAUAAGUAACUUGUGCAGACCCCCACUAAGAAGCCCAAGAAUUGAUUCAGCAUACAAAACAAAUGGAAAUACUAAAAUGAGUGAAAUAGAAGCUGUCAGUAUUCACCCAGUCGAUUUCUCUGAAGAAGGAGAAACUGAAGAUGAUCUAGAGAGCUCCUACAGUGACACCACUAUCAAGGUCAGAUCCAGGAAUUCUGUUGAAUGUAGAGAUGAAGUCACCGUAUCCCCUAAUUACCAUCAAGAACCAUCUUGGAGUUUACCACAGAGUCAGGACUUCACAGCUCAUGAGAAUCAGCCUUCAGUGCUGAACUCAAGAUGUCAAAGAAAUGCUCAGGAGUGGGUUGAACAAGUCAUAAGAAUGAGAGCUCGACUGCCAUAUAACAACAUUCAGGAAUCAGAGUUUGGAAGCCAAUCUUCAUCAAACUCCAGCCAACCGGAACGUGCUGACCAACCCCACAGUGAAUCUUCUGUCAACAGAAAGUGGUGGCUGGCCGGUCUGGUUGCCGCCCUUGUCAUUGGAUUAUUUUGGUUCUUUCAUACUCCUGCAGUAGAAACCACUGCCGUUCAAGAAUUCCAGAACCAGAUGAAACAACUUCAGUCUAAGUACCAGAGUCAAGACGAGAAGCUGUGGAAAAGAGGCACAACAUUCCUAGAAAGACAUCUGAAUAGCUCUGUCCCUCGGCCCCAGCCUGCCAUCCUUUUGCUCACUGCAGCCCAAGAUGCUAAAGAAGUGCUCAAGUGUCUGAGUGAACAAAUUGCCGAUGCCUAUUCUUCCUUCCGGAGUGUCCGUGCCAUCCGGAUUGAUGGGGCAGGGAAAGCUGCUCAAGACAGUGACCUCGUCAAACAAGAAGUAGAUCAAGAACUGAGCAGUGGGUUUAGAAAUGGCCAGAAUGCAGCUGUGGUACACCGCUUUGAGUCUCUGCCCGCAGGCUCAACCUUGAUCUUCUAUAAAUACUGUGACCAUGAAAACGCAGCCUUCAAAGAUGUAGCUCUAGUCCUGACUGUACUGUUGGAGGAGAAGACACUGAAAGCCAGUCUAGGCCUGAAGGAAAUUGAAGAGAAAGUGAGAGAUUUCCUCAAAGUCAAGUUCACCAAAUCCAACACGGCCAGCUCCUAUAACCACAUGGAUCCAGACAAGCUGAAUGGUCUCUGGAGCCGCAUUUCUCACCUGGUGCUGCCUGUGCAGCCGGAAAAUGCCCUGAAAGGGGGCAGCUGCUUAUGAGGGAGAAAGCGGAAAUCACGUCUCGUUCUGAACAGCUUUCAGACUUUAACCAGAGACGGAAUUUGGAGCAGUUUUUGAGAACUGGUUUCUUUUUAAAGGAAGUUAAGUUCAUACAUAAACAUGGAAUACCUGAAUCAUUUAUGCAGCCUGAUUAUCUGUCAUUUGAGAGAACCAUUUCUCUGUUUCCAUUGAGAACUAUGUUAGUGUUCAGCAUGGUCUAAAGUAUAUGCAAUUCCCCAAGGAUCUGCUUUGAUUCUGGCUGAAUCAUUCUUGCUGUGCUGUGACCAGUGAGAAGGACUAGGUGCCUUUCUCAAAGAAUCAGCUUUAUUUUUAA